AUGAAGAGAGAACGAGAUGAACUCUUGCAAGAAUAUUAAAAAGAGAAAACUGAUUUCCAAGCAUUUGACGCAUAAAUCAGGAAGAUGUAAAUGGAAUUAGACUUGAGGGUUGCUAUCUUGAAAGACAAAGAAUCAAAAUUGGCUAAUUACAAUAAGAUGAUAGAAGAAACAGACUUAACAUACAAUCGAAUUGUUGAAACAUCUAACAAACUAGCAGCUAAUUUAGAGAAAGAGACACAGUUCAUUAAAGAUCGUUUCAAGCGUCAAUUAUAAAUUUGA